UCACUUCAGAACUGGAUCGGCAGCCUCCCAGUAUGUAACUCAGUCUAUCAGCACCAGCACCCAACCGACUCUCAGUAUCUAUUCUCACCGUCACAGAUCCGUAAGGGAGGAGAGAGUCUGCAUUCCCAAAGUUUAAUGUGCAGCUCGACAUGCCACCUCACAUGGAUUACUUUUACCACGAGACCCGAGUCCCCUCUGCUUGCGGGCUGACCCGGGAAGAUGAGCUGGAGCCCGGCGUGAUUAGCUGCAUGCUGGUCGGGGACGGAGCAGUCGGGAAGACCAGCAUGAUCGUCAGCUACACCUCCAACGGAUACCCAGCAGAAUACCAGCAAACUGGCUUUGACGUGUUUUCUGGUCAGGUCCAAGUAGAAGGAUCCCCGGUUAAAGUUCAGCUACUGGACACUGCUGGACAGGAAGAGUUUGAUGGAUUCAGAGCUCUGUCCUACGCCCACACGGACGUCUUCCUCCUGUGCUUCAGCAUGGUCAACCCCACCUCGUUCCACAACAUCACCAAGAAGUGGGUUCCAGAGAUCCGGUUCUACAACCCGUCCGCGCCCAUCAUUCUCGUGGGGACUCAGUCUGACCUUCUGCUGGACGUGAACGUCCUCAUCAAUUUGGACCAAUCGAAUGUCAAGCCAAUCCCGAACUCCAGGGCACGGAGCAUGGCGGACAAGAUCAGGGCUGCAGACUAUGUGGAAUGUUCGUCGCUCACACAAAAGAACCUGAAGGAGGCAUUUGAUGCAGCCAUUUUUGCCGCCAUUAAGAACAAAACCCAGAAAUCUAAGAAGAGGAGAUUUUCCGACAGACGCAAUAAAGCUUUCUCCAGGUGCAGCUGGAAGAAGUUUUUCUGCUUCAUCUGAACUCAUAAAAAGACCCUGUGGGUUGUGGACAAAACUUUAAUUUAUUAAUAUCAGUUAUUAUAUGUUGUCAAGGCUCUGAUUUAUGGCAAUUAGGCCUUGUUCCCUGUUAUGUAAUUGGCGCCCAUUGGUGCAAAGGGGAAACAGUACAUGAGCAAAGUAAACAUUGGGAACGAACAUCUGUGGGGACAGCAGAGAGGAUUCUGGGUCAUUCUCAACCAGGGUUUUCCAGCAGACACUCAGGACAGUGUUAUGUUUUACAUUGUAUUAAAAUAUUUGAUUGUUCCAGGGCAAUAGUAAAAACCAUAUCAAAGUGUGUGAAUGCACGAGUGGUGUGAGCCAAUCGAGAGAAGAAGGGCUGUGAAUUGAGACUUUGAAGGAGCUUAUCAACAUACAGCCACAGAGGAGAAAGCAGAGGCCGUCAUGUAAAUUACGUGAAUUUGCAUUUGGGGCUUUGCUUCUAGAUGCAGCCUUUAAUGUGAGCGGGAGAGAAACAGAAAGUGUCUGUGUUUGAGCAGAUGGGCGUUAGCCAAUACUCUGUUGUGUUCUCGCUGUCUGCCUUUUCUGGCCUAUUUAUAUUCAGCAGAUGCAGCAAGUUCAGGUUGCAGUGCGAGGUGCCACAUUCUUACCUGUGUGUGAAUGCUCCCCUGGCUGAUUUAGAUUGGUGUUAAUCAGCUGACAAUGUUAUCAGCCCUGACAUGUAUGUUUGAUGGGAUUUUAUCAUCUUUCUUAAGACGUGCUUGAAAGAAACAGCAGGAAUAUUUGUCCAAACAAAUGUAUUUCCUCCAUUCUCGGAUCAGCACAGGAACUUUGUUUGAAAAUCCUCUUGUCCUACUAGAAAAGUUGCACGGGAGUGGUAAUCUUUGCCUUUUUGUCCCUGUCUCUCAUUAAUCUGCAUCUAUAAAAAGCAAGCCCUGCAGGAGUCUUGACUCCCACCCUUUGGAUGCUCCUACCAACACAGCCAGCCUGGCAUUUUAUAAUUUGCCCCUCUUUUGUUUACAUGCCCAAUACAAUCCUUAUCUCCUCAAUAGCCCAGUGUAGGGCUGAGUCUAAGUGUAAGAUAAUACCCCUUUUUCAAAAAAGAACUUUCCUCUAUGAUCUAUUUGCUAAAGAAAGUCAGAUUGUACACUCCAUUGAAACCUCUGAAUAGAGCCAACAGUUUUACUAUACUUCUUGUGGAAGUUACUUUACUGUAUAUGCUAUUUUGUUUGUCAAAACAGGUUGUGUGUCAUGUUUAUGUAUAUGAAAUAUUCAAUGAGACAUGGAUUUUAAAUGCAUUUACUUACUCCACUUAUGUUACAUUUAUAUGACUGUAACAAAUGAACCAUCUCCUUUGUUUGUCAUCUUUACAUGUGGGAGUGAUGCAAAUAAAAUGAAGUGCAAAUUCAA